GCUGCCACCUCGGCACUGACUGGAGGUCACGCAUGCUGGACACUGCCAAGAAAGGACGCCAUUGGCAUCGUUAUCUCCUGGGGAGGUGCCACGUCCUUGGCCACUGCCGACCUGCCUUCGGAGUACAGGGUCUUCGCCCUGGGCGACGGUGCCACCCUGCCUGGAGGCCCCGGGCUUUACAUGACCCCACCUGGGCCGCCGCUGCUGCUUGUGGUGGCGGAACCGGGGGAGGUGAAUGUUUUGAAGCACUUGGCGGUGGCUCCUGGCUGCCAUCCGGCAGCUGCAACGGAGCUGAUCUGCGACUGGUUGAAGUCGAUGCUGCCAAAGAGGUGCAAGCUUGAAUGCAUCGAAGAUGCAAGCACGUGCGGGCUAGACUUAUCCCAGCUUCAGCAGCUGGCGUCUGUGGCCUGA